AUGCGGCUUGAAAAUCUUUACGAUGAAGUUAAAUUUAUUUCAAGUGUUCAGAGUGAUUUUGUUCUAGAGGGAAACUUUUCAUGCACUCGAGAAGAAAACACAAUUUACAGAUCUUACCUAUCUUUGCUAGAAAGAAACCUAAAAUGUGACCAGAUCAAGGAGUUUUUCCGUAAAUUCAAAGUGGUGGUUGACAAGAAGAUUCCAGAGUUUGGUGGUCUUGGAGGUGGCUCAUCAAAUGCCGCUACAUUUCUACAGAUGGCAAAUGAGUCCUGUAGACUGGGGCUUAGUACAGACGAACUGUGUCAGAUAGGUGAAACUAUUGGUGCUGAUGUUCCCUUUUUUCUCUACGAUGUUGAUUGUGCAAAUGUUAUGGGUAUUGGUGAAAAAGUUGAACCAAUCAAUGAAAAAGCAUUGGACCUUAAGUAUAAUACCCCCAACAUAAAAUGUAACACCGGUCAAGUAUACCGUAAUUUCCGAGAAAAGCAUUAUAAAGAACUUUCUUUAGAAAAGUAUGAAGAAUUAAAAACAAUAUCGUCUAGGGAGUUCCUAGAAACGUUCGAUGCCUAUGUCGCCAACGAUUUGUGCGAGUCAACAUUAGAACUCUAUCCUGAUAUGAAACAACAUGUAAGACAAGGAUGGUUUUUAACCGGAAGUGGAAGUACUGUAUUUGCAUUAAAUGGAUAA